GUGUCAUUUGUGAUCCGUGAUGAGAUAGAGCGGCAUCACAGGUCAGGUGUUAAUGCACUCCAGUAUGACCCUAUGCUUAACAGACUUUAUUCAGCCGGCAGGGAUUCUAUUAUUAGGAUAUGGAAUACAAAAGCAACAAGCAAGGAUCCGUAUGUUUUAUCAAUGGAGCAUCAUACAGACUGGGUGAAUGACAUUGUAUUAUGCUGUGGGGGAAGAACAUUGAUAUCAGCAUCAUCUGACACAACUGUCAAAGUUUGGAAUGCCCACAAAGGAUUCUGUAUGUCAACACUUAGAACUCAUAAGGAUUAUGUUAAAGCUCUGGCAUAUGCUAAAGAUAAAGAACAGGUUGCCUCGGCAGGGCUGGACAGAUCUAUAUUUUUAUGGGAUGUUAACACAUUAACUGCCCUAACAGCCUCCAAUAACACAGUAACAACAUCAAGUUUAAAUGGGAACAAAGAUUCAAUAUACAGCCUGGCAAUGAACCCAGCUGGUACUGUGAUAGUUUCCGGCUCAACAGAGAAAGUUUUACGUGUCUGGGACCCUCGGACAUGUUUAAAGCUUAUGAAACUUAAAGGUCACACUGACAACGUCAAAGCUCUUGUUCUUAAUAGAGAUGGAACACAGUGUUUAUCAGGAAGUUCUGAUGGUAUGAUAAGAUUAUGGUCACUAGGACAACAGAGAUGUGUUGCCACAUUCCGUGUUCAUGAUGAGGGUGUAUGGGCGUUACAGGCAAACGAUAGUUUUUCAAUGGUUUAUUCUGCGGGUAGAGACAAAAGGGUCUGGGCAACUGAUGUUAGAAAUAACGAUUACAGAUGUUUAGUUUGUGAAGAAAAAGAACCAGUUUUAAAGUUGGAGUUAACCAAUAAUGAACCACAGUCCCUAUGGGUUUCUACCACAAGUUCCAGUAUCAAAAAUUAUACUUUAAAGAAUGUAAAUAAACAGUUGAUGUCUACGUUAGAAAAUGUCUCACUACCACCAGUCUGUUCACAACCAGAAUUUACAAUAAAAGGUGGUUCAAGUAUACGACAGUAUUACGUUUUGAAUGACAAGCGACAUAUUUUAACCAAAGAUACAGAAGAAAAUGUAGCGCUAUGGGAUGUUUUAAGUGCCCGAAAAGUUGAAGAUCUUGGAAAAGUUGAUUUAGAAGAAGAAAUUAAAAACCGAUUUAAAAUGGUGUAUGUACCUAAUUGGUUUUCAGUGGAUCUUAAAACUGGGAUGUUGACUAUACAUUUAGACGAGACAGAUUGUUUCUCAGCUUGGAUUUCAGCAAAGGAAUUGGGAGUUAAUUUACCGUCUGAUGUUCCUGAUACUAAAUUAAAUAUUGGACAGCAGCUGUUACAAGCCUUGUUAGAUAAUUGGCCAAAGACACACAUAUUUGAAAAUCAAGAAAAUAUUAAUGGAAAUGAGAACGAAGUGCAAUCACCGUUAGGAAAUUAUUUCCGGGUUCCUGGUCACACACCUGUUAUAUUUAGUGAGGUCGGGCGUGGCAAAACUUUAUUCAGAUUACUGUGUCGUGAUGCAGGUGGGGAGACAGAACAAAUGUUAUUAAAUGAAACAGUUCCUCAAUGGGUGGUAGAUGUUCUUGUACAUGGUAACUCACCAAAAUCAAACAAGAUUCCGUUCUUUCUACAACCUCAUCAGAGUAUGGGACAGAAAAUCGUCAUGAAGAAGGACCGAUUAUCAGCUAGUGAUAUGAUCCAAGUCCGGAAGGUAAUAGAACAUGUGUACGAAAAGGUUUUAGGUCAAGGAUCUGAUGCAGGGUCCCAGGCAGCUAAUGGUGGGAACCAGGAGAAAAGCGAGGAAUUAGAGGACAGCUCAGCCGUUGCUGAGGAAAAGGUAGAACUACUGUGCAAUGAACAGGUUUUGAACCCCAAUAUGGAUCUGAGAACUGUGAAACAUUUUAUCUGGAAACAAGGUGGUGAUUUAACAUUACAUUACAGACCACUUAAAACUUGAAAGUUCCCUCAGGAUGUUAGUGUUGUUCUUAACUAAAGAAAACAAAAUUUGACAUCUGUGGCCUGCCAUAGUUUUAACACAGUGUAUGUGAUAUAGUUGGAACUGUUCAUGAAUACUUCAAUAUUUCAGCUGCAAAAAAAAGGAAUUAGCAUAUUGCAUAAUUGUAUACUUAUGGAGUAUACAUGUAUAUAUUAUGGUGAACACUGUCUUUGCUUGUGAAUUGUAUUUAUUGUUAAAACCAUGAAGAUAUUUUAUUUAUCAUAUCUAUAUGUAUUUUAUAUUAUUAAGUGACACAGAACAUCACUGAUCAUCUGUUGUCAGUUUCCAUAUACAGUCAAUCCUGUGAACAAAACCACCCAAAGGAGAGACCAAACAUGACCUUUAUAGACAAACGGUCUUUAUUUGGAGGUUAUUCCCUUCUAUAUAAUGAAUGGUUGUUGAAGAGUGGUCUUUAUUUACAGGGUUAUCCUUAAUUGCAGAUGGUCUUUAAAAUAUUUUAACUGUAUAUGUUAAAACAUCAUAAUUAUCUUGAUUUUGUUAGCAAGGAUAUGAUCAAAACUGUGUUUAAAUCAAGUGCUAAAACAAAAUACACAAACAAACAUUAUUUGAACAACUCUCAAGUCAGACUGGCUCUAUAUAGGCAAAUUUCACUGCCAUUAAUAAGGCAAAUGCCAUGAAUAUUUUCUGUAAUUAAAAUAAAUUGAUAUAUUACUGAAACACUUCUUAUAUUCUUAUAUAUUUGCCUAUGUUUUAAAAUUAUUUGCUAUAUUUUUCUUGCAGAAAAGGUUGUCUAAACACAUUAAAUUGUUAUAUAAUAACAAUCUGACAAGAAUUUUAUUGCUACAUUCGCAGUACCAUCAAAUGUGAAAAAUUCCUGUAGGAAUCCUGCAUUUUGGCUUGAAAUUUUUUUAUUUCCUAUAAUUUUUUUUUUAAAAGGCUCGGAGUAAAGCGAUUUUGUGUAUUCUGAUGGCUGCAUUUGUUUGAUAUAGAAUAUGUAAUUGAUGGCACAAGCUGAUUGUUAAAAUGAUUUAGUCCUUAAUUUUUUAGCUUUUAAUUUUGCCAUUUUUCACCAUUAUCACCACCAUUUUCAUUAUCAUCAUUAUCAUCAUCAUCACCAUUAUCAUCAGCAUUUUAUUUUGUCAUCAAAGUCAUCAAAAUCUGCAUUUAUUGAAAUUUUAAAAGACAAGUUGAGAAGUACAUGUAGCAACGUUUUAGUAUGAAACAAAAAAGCAAUUAUUGUGAAAUUAGAUAUUUUUGCGAGGCCAACCUUUAGCAAGAACAAAGUUUUGGAAUCAUUCUUGAUUAUUUUAUCUAUCAUUUCUGUUAAUAAUUUAUAUGGUAUAUACUUAAUAAACAUCAACAAAUUUUAAUAACUUCAAAUUCACAAACUGAGCAAACUCAAAUCCUUUGGAAAUAAUUUCUGAUUUUA